AUGUCGUGGGUACCUCCAAAUCUAUCAAGCCUCUGCACACCUAAUUCCACACUAACAGCCUGUCAACAAUCUACUCUUAUGUUUCUCACAUUCGUCGCUAAUCUUUUCAGUGAUCCUGAAGAAUCGUAUCCCAAUGAAGAAAUAGAGCAAGAGUACGACUUUAUUAUCGUUGGAGCUGGAUCAGCCGGAUGUGUGCUUGCAAACCGAUUAAGCGAAAUAAAGCAGUGGAAGGUACUUACAAUUAAACAUUUUGUGUCAUUAUUAACCUGCGAAUAUCUGUGGUUUUUGAGAUUUCUGAGAUUACAAAAUAAUAUUAUUACUGGAAGCUGGUAUUGAAGAACCAGAGGUAGCUGAUGUUCCGGCUUUCUUCUCUAUGUUAGCAGGAAGCAAUAUCGACUGGAAAUAUCGCAUGCAACCUGAUCAACAUUCCUGUCGAUCAAGAAUAGGAAGAAGUUGUGCGAUGCCAAGGGGUAAAGUGAUGGGUGGCUCCAGUACUAUCAAUUACAUGGUAUAUGUUCGUGGUAAUCGAAAAGAUUAUGACGGAUGGGCAGAUGCAGGAAAUCAUGGCUGGAGCUACGAAGAAGUUCUACCAUAUUUUCUGAAAUCAGAAAACAACAUGGACCCAGAG